UUCUCUUCCACAGGGCAAGGACCAUGAAGACCCACUUGCUGAUGCUCCUUGGAGUGGCCCCCCUCCUGCAGCUGACCUUCUCUUUGAGAAUUGGCGCUUUCAACAUCAGGGCCUUUGGGGACAAAAAGCUCUCCAACCAGACCAUCUCCAACUUCAUUGUCAGAAUACUGACUGCUUACGACCUCACCCUGAUCCAGGAAGUCCGAGACGCUGACCUGAGUGCAGUCAAGAAGCUGAUGAGCCAAAUCGGCUGGGCAUCGCCGGAUCCCUACAGCUACCUGGUUAGCAAACCUCUGGGGCGCAACAGCUACAAGGAGCGGUACCUCUUCGUUUACAGGCAGGACAGGGUCUCCCCAGUGGAGAGCUACUAUUAUGACGAUGGCUGUGAGCCCUGUGGCAACGACACCUUCAGCAGGGAGCCCUUCAUUGCCAAAUUUGCUGUCACCCAGACAGCAGUGGGAGAGCUGAUCCUGGUGCCCCUGCACGCGGCUCCCGAACAUGCGGUGGCCGAGAUUGAUUCUCUCUAUGAUGUCUACCUGGCGGUGAAAGACAAGUGGGGGGCCAUGGGUGCCCUCUUCCUGGGAGACUUCAAUGCUGGCUGCAACUACGUUCAUACCCAGGACUGGCCCACCAUCCGCCUGCGCACCAGCAAGGACUUCCAGUGGCUCAUACCAGACACAGCAGACACCACGGUGACGAACACGGCCUGUGCCUACGACAGGAUUGUGGCAGUGGGCACAAAGCUGAGAGAGAGCAUCCUGCCUGGAACAGCCAAGGUGGACAACUUCCAGAGGACCUUCAUCUUGAGCGCCGAGGAUGCCUUGGCUGUAAGUGACCAUUUUCCAGUGGAGGUGACGCUGAAAUCUGCCUAAGGCCCCCUCAGGCAUCUGGUGUGCCACAUAAAGCUUACAGCUCCACCCCAGCCAGUUCGGAGGCACUGCUCCGGUUGCCAGCAGUGGCUCCCUCCAGAGACACAGGAGACUGGCAAAACCUCAACAGGUUCCUUUCUGACAAAACAGCAGCAGACUCUUCAGUGUCUUUAAGUAAUAAAAGAUCAACUGUGUUCAAA